UGACUCCACUUCCUUCCUUCCUUCAUACUCCCCUUGAGCAAUGCAAUCCAUGCAUGGAAUAAUGGACCAUUCUUAAUGCUGCAUUUAGCUACAUAGUAUAUAGGUAGUUAGGCAGCCAGAGACCGUUCUGAAUUUCUGAGACUGAUACAUAUUUGAUGAUUCUCCAUCACUAACUAUAGCUCACUACUACACAUGUUGUAGAUUGAGUUCCUUGCUGCACUGCAUGUACCAGCUAGCUUAAAGAUCAGUAGCUUCACUCGCUUUGUUAGCAUUGUAGGGGAGGGAUAGUUUGCAUAUCAAUUGAGGAGUUUGUUUGUUCAUACAGGUAGGUUGUUCCAAUAUAGAGCAGGCCGGCAUGCAGUCACAGAUGAUGUAUGCAGGUGAGAGGUCGGCGGCGGCGAGAGAGAUGGCCAUGGAGAUGAUGGCACCGGACCAGAGGCAGAUGGGCAGCAGCUGCUCUCUCUUGGGCAGGUUCAUAUCUAGAGUCUUCAAGUGCAGAGGACGCAUGCGGGGCGAGAGGAUGGACUACUACGGCGCCACGGCCUACCCUGCCGCGCAGACGUGCUACGUCAGCCCGGCCGCGCCCGCACGCGCCGUGGCCUUCGCCACCGCCAACGCCAUGCGCCCGGAGCCGAUGCAAGCCCAUGCCGUGGCAGCCAUGCCCAUGCCCGGCGCGACGUACGGCGCCGCGUCGCCUCGGUCCGGCGGCGGCAAGCGCAAGAAGAAGUCCAAGAACAAGCGCGUCCGGUUCGCGCCGGCAGGGGCGGAGCCGGUGCCCACCGACGCGCCGCCGCCCGCCGCGCACUACGCACCACCGGCGGCGGCGGCGGCGAGCGGAGGCGGCCAGCUCCACCACCAGCAGCACUACCCGUCCGCCGACGCUGCCGCCGAGCCGUACUCCACGGCGGCGCACGGGCACGGGCACGGCAGGUACGCGUACGCGCCGUCGCCGCUGGCGCGGUGGGAGAUGCUGGGCUCGGCGGGCACGCCGCGGCGGCACGAGUACUUCUCCGGCGAGUACCGGUGGUGCUACCCGACGCCGGUGCGCGAGGGCAUCUACAGCCUCGCCACGGACGCCAACCGCCUCACCACCAUCUUCAGCGAGGAGAAUCCCAACGCCUGUGCCAUCGUCUGACCAAGAAAUUCACAAUUGUCAGAGAAUAAUCAAAAGUUCUUCUUAGGGGACAAACUAUAUAUAUAUAACUAGUGAUUAGAGGAAUAUGAUGCUUUCAGCGUUUUAAUUUGUAGAUAAGGUUGGUGACAGUAGUGUGAGUGGAGUAGCAGUAGUAGCUUUAGUUGGUGAAAUGGACCUGUUCUAAUGUUUCGGCUUAUAUUCUCAUUGUCCCAUGCAUACUGGCUUUUGUUAGCACGAGUACUUUUGUUAACCAAGUUGGCAGUGUUAAUUAAGUAGGUCUAGAAAUAGAAUUUGAUCAGCACCAACAGUUUUUACCAGGGAGAACGAAAGGAUUGAUGCAUAUGGAUAUAUAUGAUGCUCAUUAUUCUA